CUCCCUUGUACUUGCUGCAGCAUCACCAGGAGCAGACAGACACCUCGGCAGCACUUAUCUCACCCUGUGCCCACCACUGGCCAGGCCAUGAAGACAGAGAAGGAGGAGGCUGUGCCCAGCUUCUCCGUGGGGGGUAAAUACGCUGGAGAGGGGGCAGGUUCCAGAGAAGCAGCUCUGCCUGGUGGCCCAGUGACAGGGAAUGGAGGGACCCCAGCCCAGGACCUGCGGCCACUGAAGCGCAGAGCAGUGCCAGGGAAGCACUACCAGUGCUCGAGCUAUGGCUGCAAACUGGCCUUCUCCAGCAUGCAGGAGCUGAUGGACCACCUGAAGGUCCACUACAGACCCACACAGUCCCUCGAGGGUAAAACCUUCCAGUGCCCCACACUGGGCUGCACAGAGACCUUCCCCAGCAUGCAGGACCUCAUGGCCCACAUGAAGGUGCACUACAAACCAAAUCGCUACUUCAAGUGUGAGAACUGCCUGCUGCGCUUCCGGACUCACCGCUCCCUCUUCAAGCACCUCCACGUCUGCUCCGACAGCGCCAGCAGCCCCGUGCCGCCCCCCAGAUCCGACCGGCCCCCGCUGCCCUCCGCCACCGCCACCACCACCCCCCCGGAGAAGGAGCCCCCUGCCAAGCCACCCACAGGGCUCCCCAAGCUGCCGAGCGUGCUGCGGCCCCCGGAGAGAGACUCUGCCCUGCGGGGCGCCGACACCACCCGCAGGCUCCCCACCGGCCUCCCCGAGCUGCCCGGCCCGCUGGGGGCGCUGCCGCUGGUCUCCCAUCCCUUCCCGCUGCUGGAGCCCAACCUUUUCGGGCCAUCGUCCUUGCCUCGCUUCUCGGGGCCCCCUCCGCCGCCCCCUUCCUCGGGGCCGUUCCUGCCCUAUGUGCCCCCUGCAGCCUACAGCCUGCCCGCGGCCCAGCACCGCCCGCGGCCCCUGGCACCCGGCCAUGGCGUCUCCAACGCCGUCUGGAAGAAGAGCCAAGGUGUGAGUGUCAGCCCACUCCUCCCAUGCUUUGGCUCAGGAGUGACUCCAGGGCACUCCUCCAACAGCCGCAUCGUGUGGGAGCACACCCGGGGGCGCUACACCUGCAUGCAGUGUCCUUACUCCACCGCCUCCCGCCAGGAGAUGACUCUGCACAUCGAGGACCACCGCAAGAACCCCUCCCAGCCCGGCCGCCUGGACGCUGAGAUGGAUUUCGGGGUGGGCCUCACCUCCUUCCACACCAAGCUGACACCAGAGAUGGAGAACUCCCUCUACUCCCAGCUCUGA